AUGGAGGAUGCGGUUACAUGUGCCGUUUGUUCCGAAGUGUACGUAACAGGAGCACGGGACCCUCUCGUGCUUCCGUGCGGCCAUACCCUCUGCCGUGCUUGUGUCACUUCAGUCAAGAACGCAGCCACGGAGAAACCCUUGUCAUGCCCCAUCUGCCGAACGUGUCACCCAUUCUUGUCAAUUUAUAGCCUUCCCGUCAACUUCAGUUUGCUGAGCUUGUCCACGACUUACCUCGAGAAUCAGUUAUUUGAUAGUAGAGCACUGUGCAGAACACGGGAACCCUUGACCUACUGGUGUAGGCACUGCCGAACAGAAGUGUGUGGACUCUGCAUCCUGACGGGGCAUCUCCGGGACGGACACUCAGUAGUCACAACGGCCACGCUCUUGGAGGAGAAGAAGGAGGGCUUCGGGUCCGACGCGGCCACCGUCAUUCAUGAGGCGAGAGAACUUCAUCAGAAAACCUCGUCUCACUUCAAGACUGCUCUUGUAAGGCUCAUGUGCCUGAGUGUGGCGAAUGAAAGCCUGCUGGAGAUGGAGGAUACGGUCACCACGCUGCAGGAAAAGGUUCAGAAAGCCAAGAAUAUUGAUCACGUUCUUAUGCACGAGGCUCACCUGAAAGAACUGUUACCAACACAAAAAAUUACAAACUUGUUGAGUGAAACAAAUAUAUCCGAGUCCCGUGUUCCCAUAAGCACCACCAGGGAAUGCCUGAACGUGUUGCCAAUGCCUGUUACUGCUUCUGUCAUGCACGACCCGGACAACGACACGUCGAAUCGAAGCGGGUGCUCUGCGCCCUCCACCAACACAAACAUGAGUCUGCGGGAGUCGUUUGUGGCCAGUGGCUUCAUGGAGCAGUCCCAGCCGAGAACCGGCGGAGGAACCGGUCUCGGGGGUUAA